GAGGAACAACAACAGACCAGGAGAGACAGGCAAGCCUAGUGGAGACUGAGCGCCUUCCAGCAGGGCGACGAGCGCUGGAUCCCGGGAGCGUACAUCUCCUUUCCCAUCCCCGGGCUUCACUGGCGUCUAACCACGGCCGCUCUUGGUGAGGAAACUCUGGCCUCCGCUUCCUCCUCCUCCGACUCGGACACCGGCGGAGCGUCGCCGCCCCCGCGGAAGAAACACCGAGCCUCGGCGGCGGAGGGAGCAGGAGAGCCCGGGGCUUCAACUGGGACAGUGGGCCUUUCUGCAGUUGUUUUAGGACUCUCAUCGACGACACAUCCUCAGGCAUCCUCUGCCAUUUACUUUAACAGAAACAUCGUCAGUAAUCUCGGCACAAACAUGCAGUCCAACGGAUCAGGACAGGGACAGGACUCGGACCUUUCCUGCUUGAACAACGCACAGAACGGAGAGUCCUCCUCGGCCGGAGGAGCGCACUCCAACGGGCUUAUUUCCAGCACAAACAACGGGAACAGCGGCGGUACCAAUAACGUAGCUGCGACAGGACCGGGUGGUAGCUCCACUGCAUCGGGUUCGGACGUGGGCUCCAUUAAGAAAAAGAAACGUCUAACACAGUCCGAGGAAGAUGUGAUCAGACUAAUAGGGCAACAUCUACACGGGUUAGGGCUCAAUCAGACGGUGGACUUGUUGAUGCAAGAGUCGGGCUGCAGACUGGAGCACCCAUCUGCUACAAAGUUCCGCAACCACAUCAUGGAGGGAGAGUGGGAUAAGGCUGAAAAUGAUCUGAAUGAGCUGAAAGCAUUGAUGCACUCACCCAAUGCCAUUGUGCGGAUGAAGUUCCUGCUCCUACAGCAGAAGUAUCUGGAGUUCCUUGAGGACGGGAAGGUUCUGGAAGCUCUGCAGGUGCUGAGAGGCGAGCUCACACCCCUCAAGUACAACACAGACCGCAUCCACGUCCUCAGCGGGUACCUGAUGUGCAGUCACGCAGAGGACCUGAGAGCCAAAGCAGAGUGGGAGGGCAAAGGAGCCGCGUCACGCUGCCGACUACUGGACAAGCUGCAAACGUUCCUGCCCCCCUCAGUGAUGUUGCCCCCACGGCGGCUGCAGACUCUCCUCCGUCAGGCGGUGGAGCAGCAGCGAGAUCGCUGCCUCUACCACAACACCCGUCUAGACAGCAGUCUGGACUCCGUCUCUCUGCUGCUGGACCACGUCUGCAGCAGGUCAGCCCAACACACACGGAAGCAGUUCCCAUGUUACACACAGCAGAUCCUGACAGAACACUGUAACGAAGUUUGGUUCUGCAAGUUCUCCAAUGACGGAACCAAACUGGCUACUGGUUCUAAAGACACCACUGUUAUCAUAUGGGAGGUGGAACCGCACACGCAGCAGCUGAAGCUGUUGAAGACUCUGGAAGGACACGCCUACGGGGUGUCGUACCUGGCUUGGAGUCCGGAUGAUGCCUACCUGGUCGCCUGCGGACCUGACGACUGCUCUGAACUCUGGCUCUGGAAUGUACAGACUGGAGAGUUGCGCACUAAGAUGACCCAGUCCCACGAGGACAGCCUGACCAGCGUGGCCUGGAACCCUGAUGGCAAGCGCUUUGUCACGGGGGGACAGAGGGGACAGUUCUACCAGUGUGAUCUGGAUGGGAAUCUUUUGGAUUCGUGGGAGGGUGUCCGUGUGCAGUGUCUCUGGUGUUUGGGGGACGGUAAAACCGUCCUGGCCUCGGACACACACCAGCGAAUCCGUGGAUACAACUUUGAGGACCUCACUGACAGAAACAUAGUCCAAGAGGAUCACCCUAUCAUGUCGUUCACUGUGUCUAGAAAUGGAAGGUUAGCGCUUUUAAACGUAGCAACUCAGGGUGUGCAUCUCUGGGAUCUGCAUGACCGUGUGUUGGUGAGGAAGUACCAGGGAGUGACUCAGGGCUUCUACACCAUACACUCCUGCUUCGGAGGACACAACGAGGACUUCAUAGCAAGCGGCAGUGAAGACCAUAAAGUGUAUAUCUGGCACCGGCGUGGUGAGCUGCCCAUCGCUGAGCUCACCGGACACACUCGCACCGUCAACUGCGUCAGCUGGAACCCCACCCACCCCGGCCUUUUGGCCAGCGCCUCUGAUGACGGAACCGUGCGCAUCUGGGGCCCAGCGCCUUUCCAGGACGGGCAGGAGCUUGACAGUCUCCACGAAAGCUGCAGUGGUAUGGAUAGUUGAUGUUGACUCUGCUCUCGUUUGAAUCCAAACCCGAGACAAACAAAAACAAUCAGAAUGGAACCGAGGCAAGAUUCUCCACAUCACCAUAGCAACUUAGGAGCUGGGCGGCUGGAGGAGGUGGAGCCUGGAGGUGUCACUCUCUCCAAGGGGGAGGAGCUUUGGGCCUGAGAAAGUUCCCUUGAUUGCUCCUGUCAGUCACAUACAGACAUACAAACACACCCCACAUCUUGACAUGCAAUAUGUACACACACAUACACACGCCGCAGGGAGCUAGAAGAUUGUGUGUGUGUGUGUGUGUGUGUGUGUGUGUGUGUGUGUGUGUGUGUGUGUGUGUGUCUGUCUGUGUGUGUGGGAUCGCUUUGGUGAGAAGUCCGCUAACCCUUGAGGUCUGAGAGUUCCGAACCCCCCUCCUUUCACUUGGGGUUCAACUGCACAAACCUGCUUCCAUUUGUUUGUGUGAGCGUGAGAGAGUGAGUGAGACAGUGAGGUUGUGGUGAAGUGUGUUUGUGAUGGUGAGACUAUUGAAGUGUGUGAGUGUUGAUGUGUGUGUAUAUUCUUCCUUUUCGUAC